UCAAAAAAACCUCUUAUUCUAUCAUCCAUGAAGACUACUCUAUUCUUGAAUCUUUUUCUUUUAUUUUGCUUUUUCCUUAUAAAUCCAAGUAAAAGCGACAACAUCUCAAAUGUUUGUGCCAAAACCAAAAACCCAAAUUUUUGCACAUUAACAUUAGAAUCAAUACCUAAUGCAAAAACAUCAUCUCUUAUAGGACUUGAGCUAAUAAUGCUAAAUUUUACAAGAGUUAAAGCCAAUGCCACUAGACCAAAAAUUGAUGCACUUAUUAUGAAAGAUCCAGUUCAUAUACCAUUUGAAUUACUGGACUCUUUGACUGAGUGUGGAUUUGACUAUAGAAAUGCUGUAAAUCUUGAUUUGCCACAAGCUACAACUUUAUUAGUGCACAAGCAAUUUCUUGAACUUAGUUUUAUGGCAAAUGCGACUGCUGAUAGAGGUAUUAUGUGUGAGAAUGAAUUUAAAAAAAGGGGUAUUGCUUCUCCACUUACAAAGGAAAAUAAUGAGUUGAUUUCUUUCGGUAAUAUCAUGCAAGUUAUUGCUGAUAUACUUCGUGGUACUUCGUAAUAUUAGUGACAUAUGUAGUAAGUUUUAAGGAUUAUAUUCAUGAAAUUAAUUGUUUAAUGUUCAGUAUGUGAUAAAAAAAAAGAUACUCUUUUCAUGAAUUCGA